AUGGGCGGCAGGAAUUGGAGCUGGGCUCUGGUCUGGGCUUCUGUGGCCUUGCUCAUGGUGUGGCCAGCAGAGAGCCAGGGCCAGGAAGAGCUGAGCGCAGAACAUCCAGAACUCACCGGAGACAGUCAGAAAGUGUAUAGUGCCCCCACAUCCUCAUCCGCACGGCAUGUCACCUUCAUCCCACCUAUCUCUGUCUUCCCAAGCAUAAGCGCCUUACACCUGGCACACAACGGGAGAGUGUGCAGCACGUGGGGUGACUUCCAUUAUAAGACCUUCGAUGGUGACGUGUUCCGCUUCCCUGGCCUCUGUAACUAUGUCUUCUCUUCACACUGCGGGGCCACCUACGAGGACUUCAACAUCCAAUUACGUCGUGGUCUUGAGGGUUCCAGGCCCACGGUCACCUAUGUGUUCCUCAGGGCCCAGGGACUGGUGAUUGAGCUGUCUAAUGGCUCUGUCCUGGUGAACGGACAUCGGGAGGAGCUGCCCUACAGCCGUGCAGGUCUUCUGAUGGAGAAGACCAGUGGCUAUGUGAAGAUCAGCAUCCGGCUAGUCCUCAACUUCCUGUGGAAUGAAGAAGACAGUGCCCUGCUGGAACUGGACUCCAAAUACACCAACCAGACGUGUGGGCUGUGCGGUGACUUCAACGGGCUCCCAGCUGUCAAUGAGUUCUACGCCCACAACACUAGGCUGACCCCUGUCCAGUUUGGAAACCUGCAGAAGCUGGAUGGUCCCACAGAACAGUGCCAGGAUGUCCUACCGUCACCUGCCAACAACUGCACAGAUACGGAGGGCAUCUGCCGUCACAUCCUGCUUGGCCCUGCCUUUGCCGAGUGCAUCGCCCUGGUAGACGUCAACGUGUACCUGGAUGCCUGUGUCCAGGACCUGUGCCGCUGCCCCACCUGCCCAUGUGCCACUUUUGCUGAAUAUUCCCGCCAGUGUGCCCAUGCAGGGGGCCACCCACAGAACUGGAGGCGUUCCAAUCUCUGCAACUGGACCUGCCCUUUCAACAUGGAAUACCAAGAGUGCAGCUCACCCUGUGUGGAUACCUGCUCCAACCCCCAGCGCUCUCAACUGUGCGAGGACCACUGCAUGGAUGGCUGCUUCUGUCCCCCAGGAACUGUGCUGGAUGAUGUCAGACAUUUGGGCUGCCUGCCCCUGGAGCAGUGCCACUGUACCCACGGUGGCCACAUUUAUGCCCCUGGAGAGUCCUUCAACACCACCUGUAGCUCCUGCACCUGCUUCGGGGGACUGUGGCAGUGCCAGGACCUGCCGUGCCCCGGCACCUGCUCUGUGCAAGGCGGGUCCCACAUCUCCACCUUUGAUGAGAAACUCUACAAUGUGCAUGGAGACUGCAGCUACAUCCUGACCAAGAAAUGUGCAGAUAGCAGCUUCACUGUGCUGGUGGAUCUUCGGAAGUGUGGAAUGACGGACACCGAGAACUGCCUCAAAGCAGUGACGCUGAGCCUCAAUAGCGGGGACAUGGUCGUCAGGAUCCAGGUCAACGGUGCUGUGUUCCUGAACUCCAUCUUCACUCAACUGCCCUUGUCAGCAGGCAACGUGACCAUCUUCAGGCCAUCAUCCUUCUUCGUUAUAGUACAGGUGGGCACGGGGCUGCAGCUGCAAGUGCAGCUGGUGCCCUUCAUGCAGGUGUUUGUCAGGCUGGACCGCUCCUACCAAGGCCAGAUGUGUGGCCUGUGUGGAAACUUCAACCAGAACCAGGCCGAUGACUUCACGGCCCUCAGUGGGGUGGUGGAGGGCACAGGGGCAGCCUUCUCCAACACCUGGAAGACUCAAGCCUCCUGCCCCAACUCCAAGAACACCUAUGAAGACCCCUGCUCAUACAGUGUGGAGAACGAGAACUUCGCUCGGGAGUGGUGCUCGAUGCUCACUGAAAGCUCAGGAGUUUUCUCAGCCUGCCAUGCCACUGUUAGCCCGGUGCCCUUCUACUCGAACUGCUUGUUUGACACGUGCAACUGUGAGAAUAGCGAGGACUGCCUGUGUGCCGCCCUGUCCUCCUAUGUGUUUGCCUGUGCUGCCAAAGGCGUGCUGCUCAGUGGCUGGAGGGGCAAAGCCUGCUACAAGUACAUGAACAACUGCCCCCAAACCAAGGAGUACUCCUACUCAGUGAGUACUUGCCAGCCUACCUGCCGCUCUCUAAGUGAGGUUGACGUCACCUGUGGCAUCCCCUUUGUUCCUGUGGAUGGCUGCACCUGCCCUGAAGGUACCUUCCUGAAUGACAAGGACCACUGUGUCCCAGUGGAGGAGUGCCCCUGCUACUUCCAUGGAACCGUGGUGGCUUCCGGAGAGGUUGUUAUGGACAACGGUGUGGUGUGCUCGUGUACAAAUGGGAAGUUGACCUGCCUGGGAGCCCUGAUGCAGAGAAACAAAGAGUGCCAGGCACCUAUGGUAUACUUAGACUGUAACAAUGCCUCAGUGGGUGACCACGGGGCUGAAUGCCUCAGAAGCUGCCACACGCUGGAUGUGGAUUGCUUCAGCACACAAUGUGUCUCGGGCUGCGUGUGUCCCUCAGGGCUGGUAGCAGAUGGGAAUGGGGGCUGCAUUGCCGAGGAGGACUGCCCCUGCGUACACAAUGAGGUCACAUACAGACCUGGGGAGAUCAUUCGGGUAGACUGCAAUAACUGCACCUGCCGGAACCGCCGGUGGGAAUGCACCAACCAACCCUGCAUGGGUGCGUGUGUGGCCUAUGGGGACGGCCACUUUGUUACCUUUGAUGGUGAACGUUACAUCUUUGAAGGCAGCUGCGAGUAUACCUUGGCUCAAGACUACUGCAGAGGCAACACCAGUACUGAUGGGACCUUCCGUAUUGUCACUGAGAAUGUCCCCUGUGGGACCACGGGAACCACCUGCUCCAAGGCCAUCAAGAUCUUUGUGGAGAGCUAUGAGCUGAUCCUUCAUGAGGGGAACUUUAAGGUGGUAGCGCGAGGGCCAAGUGGGGACCCUCCGUACAAGAUCAGAUACAUGGGCAUCUUCCUGGUCAUUGAGAUCCGCAGUGGGAUAGUCGUGUCCUGGGACAGGAAGACCAGUGUGUUUGUCCGGCUGCAGCAGCAUUAUAAGGGUAGGGUCUGCGGCCUGUGUGGGAACUUUGACGACAACGCCAUCAAUGACUUCACCACACGCAGCCAGUCUGUGGUGGGUGAUGUGCUGGAGUUUGGAAAUAGCUGGAAGUUCUCCCCAUCCUGCCCGGAUGCCCCAGUUCCCAAGGAUCCCUGCAUCGCCAACCCUUACCGCAAGUCCUGGGCCCAGAAAAAAUGUAGCAUCAUCAACAGCGCAACUUUUGCUGCCUGCCACUCUCAGGUUGACUCUACAAAAUACUACGAAGCCUGUGUGCAUGAUGUGUGUGCCUGUGACUCAGGCGGUGACUGCGAGUGCUUCUGCACUGCUGUGGCCGCCUAUGCCCAGGCCUGCCGUGAUGUGGGUGUGUGCUUGUCCUGGAGGACACCAGACAUCUGCCCUCUUUUCUGUGACUACUACAACCCUCAUGGGGAAUGUGAGUGGCAUUAUCAGCCCUGUGGAGCCCCCUGUCUGAAGACCUGUCGGAACCCAGCUGGACACUGCCUGGUUGACCUGCCAGGCCUAGAAGGCUGCUACCCACAGUGCCCACCCAGCCAGCCCUUCUUCAAUGAAGACCAGAUGAAGUGUGUGGCCCAGUGUGGCUGCUAUGAUGAUGACGGAAACUAUCAUGACAUUGGCACACAGGUCCCUACAGCUGAGAACUGCCAGAGCUGUCUCUGCACCCCUGGUGGCCUCCAGUGUGCUUACAACCUUACAGCCUGCACAUGCAUCUAUGAGGGCCGUACCUACAACUACAAUGAUGUUGUCUACAACACCACGGAUGGCCUCGGUGCCUGCUUAGUAGCCAUCUGCAAAGACAACGGGACUAUAAAACGCACGACUGAAGAGUGCCCUGAAGUCCCGUCUACCACACCAUUCACAUUCACCACCACUCUGACACCCCUUACCACAAACGGCUCAGCUUCCACUGCGUCUACUGUGUGUGUUCGUGAGGUCUGCCACUGGUCCAGUUGGUAUGAUGAGAGCCAUCCAGAGCCUGGCAUGUUAGGCGGGGACUUUGAAACAUUUGAGAACCUGAGGAGGAAAGGGUACCAGGUGUGUCAAACCCCCGUUGCCAUUGAAUGCCGUGCAGUGAAGUUCCCCAGCCUGGACUUAGAGAAGCUGGGUCAGAAGGUAAACUGUGACCUGUCCUCUGGGUUGAGAUGCUUCAACAAUGAACAGAGCCCCCCACUGUGCCACAACUAUAAGCUGAGGGUUCUGUGUUGUGAUUAUGUGCCCUGUGGCUCCUCUCCGACCUCGGGUGUGAGUACCACUCCCUCCCAGUCUGACACCAGUAAAAACCCCUCUCUGCCCACACUUACCACUCAUACAGCAUCCUCAAAAUCACAGUCCUGGACCAGAGGUGGGAAAGAGACAUCACUGGAUAAAACUCACAGCUCAAGGCAAACAGUGACAUUUACCUCAAAGAGCAGACCUACUUCAUCUCCUACGUCAUCUAGAAACUCAGCCAGCAGCCUCCCCUUGUCCAACCCUACCUGGACUACAACAGUGAAAGGGACCAAUGAGAACACAGUGCUUAGCUCCCAGACAACAGCAGAAUUCACUUCACAUACCAGGUCCACUUCAAGCCCCAGCACAGUCACACAGACAGUCAGCAGCCCUGAGACCUCCUCCACCACCUGCCAACCCAAAUGUGAGUGGACAAAGUGGAUCAAUGUAGACUAUCCUACCUCUAGCAUUAAUGGAGGAGACAUAGAGACAUAUGAGAAUAUCAGGGCCAAUGGAGAAAAAGUCUGUGACCAGCCUAAGGACAUCAGGUGUAUGGCCCAGAACUACCCCGAAGAGGCCUUAGACAACUUGCAACAGAAAGUGAAGUGUGAUGUCAGCUCUGGCCUGGUGUGCUACAACCGGGACCAGGUAGGCAUUUUCCCGAUGUGCUACAACUACAUGAUCAAGGUGCUCUGUUGUAGUGUCAGCCACUGCCGGGGAACUACCACCACUGCAGAAUCAACCCCGACGAUGGGAACUGCCACUUUCACUACCCAGACCCUGUCCUCCAAGCCUCAUUCCAACACUGAUUCAGUUGAGACCUGGUCUCCCUCAGGGUCCACCACCCAUAUAGAUGCUUCAGAUUUGCCCACCCCUGGAACCCUGACUACAAGUGUGUCAUCCCCACUCACCACUCCUCUCACAGUCACUUCAGUGAGCACUCAGCAUCCCAAGAGUCUAGAAUCCUCUGGCAUCCCAUCUGUGGUGUCUAUCGGGACCACCUCUCAAGGGCAGUCCCUGCUUCCCAGCAGUCCCCACACUACCAACACAUUCUCAGCAACAACCUCAAGGACUUCCCUGUCUAGCCUGGCCACCAUCUCUACCUCCCUGACCACUCCUGGACCCUCCAGUACUCCUCCUGGGAGCACUACCACAAACCCAGCCACAGCUGCCUCCAUGACCAGAGCGGUUACUGAGACCCCGUCUUCAAGACCACAUACCGAGACCACCUCAGAGCUCCCUGGAGUCUCCUCAGCCAGCUCCACAGUAGGGCCCAGCACGGUCACACAGACAGUCAGCAGCCCUGAGACCUCCUCCACCACCUGCCAACCCAAAUGUGAGUGGACAAAGUGGAUCGAUGUAGACUAUCCUACCUCUAGCAUUAAUGGAGGAGACAUAGAGACAUAUGAGAAUAUCAGGGCCAAUGGAGAAAAAGUCUGUGACCAGCCUAAGGACAUCAGGUGUAUGGCCCAGAACUACCCCGAAGAGGCCUUAGACAACUUGCAACAGAAAGUGAAGUGUGAUGUCAGCUCUGGCCUGGUGUGCUACAACCGGGACCAGGUAGGCAUUUUCCCGAUGUGCUACAACUACAUGAUCAAGGUGCUCUGUUGUAGUGUCAGCCACUGCCGGGGAACUACCACCACUGCAGAAUCAACCCCGACGAUGGGAACUGCCACUACUGCCACUUCUGGGACAUCCCCACACACUUCCUGGCCUGUGUCCAGCAUGCCUACCAGCGCCAGCACUACAGAGUCAUUUUCUUCCCGUGAAAAAACCACAGUCCUUACCAAAGCUUCCUCUACAGCUACAGUGACAUCCAGGGAGACUCAAACCUCAUCCUUGCUAACCACUGGUCCAUCCUCAGCCCUCACAACCACAGAGACCACUUCCACAGGCUGUAAAUCUCAGUGCACCUGGACAGAUUGGCUGGACAGUGACAAACCCCAACCUGGCCAGUUUGGAGGAGACAUUGAGACCUACUAUCAUAUUCAAAACAAGACAGGUAUCGAGAUAUGCAAGAAACCUGUGGACAUUGAGUGUGAGGCCAUCCUCUUCCCCAACAUGUCCUUCCAGCAACUGGGCCAGGAGGUGGUUUGUAAUGUGGACUUCGGACUCAUCUGUAGGAAUAGCAAGCAGGUCGACAACGAAACUUGUUUCAACUACCAUAUCCGUGUCCUCUGCUGUGAGGAAGAUAUCAGCUGUAUCGGCACAACUGAGUCACCACUGUCCACCACGUCCACACCAGCAAGUGAGUUUCCCAGCAUAGUCCCCAUGUCCACGAGCAAGUGGUCAUCCGAGGAGCCAAAACCCUCAACUUCUUUCACAACUCAAAGGAGACCCUCUACCCCUAGGACAGAGAAGAUUGUCCCCAACACCACGACUAGGACUACUGGGAGUUUCUCUGCCUCUAGUCUCUCUACACUCCCAGCCUCUCCCACCAGCCAUCUCCAAACCUCAAAAGAGCCACACUCGGGUAAACCAAGUACAAGUUCGUGGACAGCCUCCUCCAAUGUCCUGAGCACUGCCACGCUGACCACCUCUAUUGGCAAACCGGUCUCUGGAACAAAAACCACACUGUGGAAAGACCUCCAUUCUAGUACCUCAACCAUAGCCACAUCCACCCAUCCCAUUUCUACCACAAUGACAACGAAGAACCCUCAAACCCUGACCACCAAUGACAUUUCCAAAAGCAACUCUAUGCUGCCUAGUAGGCCCCAUAUCACCACAACAUCUUCAGCCACAGCAACAAAUAGGAGUCUGGUCAGCAAGUUCUCUACCUCCCUGACCACUCCUGGACCCUCCAGUACUCCUCCUGGGAGCACUACCACAAACCCAGCCACAGCUGCCUCCAUGACCAGAGCGGUUACUGAGACCCCGUCCUCAAGGCCACAUACCGAGACCACCUCAGAGCUCCCUGGCACUGUCUCCCCAAAAUCUCUGUCCACCACCCUAGAAACGACUACAGGCAUAAAAGAGCCAUCCACCAGUGUACCGAUGACACAUACCCUACCACCAACCGUGACUAAUGCCACCACCUCCCAGGGCACAACACACUGCCAGCCCAAGUGUAAGUGGACUGAAUGGUUUGAUGUGGACUCACCGACGUCGGGGGUAGUAAAAGGGGACAUGGAGACCUAUGAAAACAUCAGGGCCUCUGGCAAGAAGAUGUGCCAGGCACCAGAGAAAAUUGAGUGUCGGGCAGAGAACUACCCUGCAGUGAGUAUUGAUAAGGUUGGUCAAGUAGUAAGUUGCAACCUGGAGACGGGGCUAGUCUGCAGAAAUGAGGAGCAGACAGAUGAUUUUAAAAUGUGCUUCAACUACAAUAUACGUGUGCUUUGCUGUGAUGACUAUAGCCACUGUCCUGAAACCCCUUACAGCACCAUCAAGCCAUCCCCGCUCUGGUCUACCCCUACGCCCCUGGUCCCUUUCACAACCUCAGUGUCCUCGAGCACGGAGUCCACCUUUCAGACUAAGCAUCCCUCCAGCUCUUCUGUAUCAAGCACCCAAGCCUCCACAUGGACUAUAUCUCCUGACUCGGGCUGUGAACCUCGCUGCAAAUGGACAGAGUGGUUUGACGCCGACUUCCCCAACCCUGGUCCCAGAGGUGGGGACUUUGAGGUCUAUGCAGUGCUUCGUGAGGUUGGCUUUAUCUUCUGUGAUCAGCCCAAGGACAUCCAAUGCCGUUCAGAGAAGGAGCCAGACAAGCCCCUGGAAUCUCUACAGCAGGUGGUCCUGUGUGAUGUGCGAUUCGGGCUGAUAUGCAAAAAUAUCAACCAAUCGGGACCUUUGCAGUAUUGUGACAACUACCAUGUGCGCCUCCUCUGCUGUGACAACUAUAGUCACUGUACCACGUCACCUCUGGCCACCACAUCCACUGUUCCUUCUUCCUCUCGCCUGUCCUCUACUCACACUGCCCCAGCUUUGAAUACCACGACUUCUUUACCUGGGGUCUCUAGUUCCAGCGUGCCCCACUCCUCUUCCCUGGUAUCUACUCACACCUCGGCAGUGUUGACCACCCUGACUUCAACUAUAGCCACUGGUCCCAUUGUGAUCCCCUCCUCAACCUCAGAGACCCUUCACACCCCUGAAGUCUUCCCCAGCAGUCAGGUGACCUUCAGGGUGUCUACUGCUUCUUCCUCCUCGGUGUUCAGUACCUCCAGGCCUACUGUCAUUUCCAGCCAAGCAUCUUCCCCAUCACCCUGUUUCUGCCGGGCAUUUGGACAGCUGUUCGUACCUGGGGAUAUCAUCUACAAUAAGACUGAUGGAGCUGGCUGCCAAUUCUAUGCCAUCUGCAACCAGCACUGUGAUGUUGACCGCUUCCAGGGUGCCUGCCCCUCCUCUUCACCUCCAACGCCCUCUACCCCUGCGCCUUUGUCUCCCCUGCUUCCUGGCUGUGAUAAUAUCACCCCUCCCCGGCAGGUGAAUGAGUCUUGGACCCUGGAGAACUGCACGGUGGCCCAGUGCCAGGGCAACAACCACAUCAUCCUCCUAGAGCCAGAGCCUGUGGACAACGUCACGUGUGUCAACAAGCACUUGCCCAUCAAAGUGUGGGACCAGGAGCCUUGCCAUUUCCACUAUGAGUGUGAAUGCUUCUGCAGUGGAUGGGGGCACUCCCACUACCUGACAUUCGAUGGCACCUCCUAUACUUUCGUGGACAACUGUACCUCAGUGCUCAUGAGAGAGAUCCACCCUCGCCAUGGCAACCUGAGCAUCCUUGCCCACAGCUACUACUGUGGGGCCACCACAAAAGGCACCUUCUGUCCCCGCGCCCUCAGUGUGUACUACAACUCCAUGGAGAUUGUCCUCACCACCACCACCACCAACAGUGGGAAGGAAGAGAGCCUGAUUAUAUGGGACCAGAUGUGGAUAAGGUCGGGCUUCAGUAAGAAUGGCGUGACCGUAUCCUUGAGUGGGGCCACCACAAUGAGUGUCAACAUUUCCACCAUUGGCGCCAGCAUCACCUUUGAUGGAAACAUCUUCCAGAUAUGGUUGCCCUAUAGAUACUUCAGCAACAACACUGAGGGCCAGUGUGGUACCUGCACAAACAGUCAGACAGACGACUGCCGCCGGCCUGAUGGCACCAUAGCUUCCGACUGCCAGGACAUGGCCAAAGACUGGCUGGUGCCGGGGAACAACAACAGCGACUGCUUAGCUCAACCCAGCCCUUCCCCCAGCACCACUUCCCAGCCCCCAAUGUCCAGCACACUGGCCUCCACCACAUGCGCCUCUGCGCCUCUCUGUGAGCUGAUGUUGAGCCAGGUCUUCGCCGAGUGCCACAAGUUCAUCCCUCCAGACGCCUUCUUCCGAACCUGUGUCAGUGACCACUGCAAUGGCAAUUUUAGUAAAACGCUCUGUCAGAGCCUGGAGGUCUACGCAGCACUCUGCCGGAUCCAGGGUGUAUGUACCAACUGGCGCAAUGCCACAGGAGGGCUGUGUGACUUCUCCUGUCCACCCUCUAAGGAGUACAGGCCUUGUGGACCCAUGUAUCCAGCUUCCUGCAGCCCCAGGACCCAGGAACUUUCAGAUGGGACCCUGGCAGAGGGCUGCUUCUGCCCUGAGGGUCAGCUCCUUUUCAACUCACGCACGGACAUCUGUGUGUCUGAGUGUCCCUGCGUGGGACCAGAUGGGUUACCCAAGCUUCCUGGAGAACACUGGAUCAGCAACUGUCAGGACUGUGUGUGUGACCCUGGCUCUGUGUCAGUGCAGUGUGAACCAGUGAAGUGUGAGGGCCAGGACAAACCCCCACAGUGCACAGAAGCUGGCUUUGUGACUGUGACCUGGCCCAGCACUGACAAUCCAUGCUGCCCUGAGACACUGUGUGUUUGCAAUUCAACCACUUGCCCGAGUCUGCCCAAAUGUGAACCAGGGUACGAACUGCUCCAGACCCAUGAGAACGGCAGCUGCUGUCCCAGCUUCAGCUGUCGACCUAAGCUAUGUACAUACAAUGACACCAUCUAUGGGGUCGGUGCAACCUUCCUAGGGGGUCCCUGCCAGAUAUGCACCUGCCUCUCUGUGGACAACCAAGAACCUAGAGUAGAGUGUAGGGAGACCCACUGCACCACCUCUUGUCCCCAGGGCUUUGAGUACACACUAGUGCCAGACCAGUGCUGCGGGAAGUGUGUACAGAAUGCCUGCCUCACACCAGAGGGCCAGGUGGUACAGCCCAAUGAAACCUGGGUGAACAGCCCUGGGGACAACUGCACUACAUACUACUGUAGUGCUGAGAAUGGAGUUCACGUACUGACCCCAAUCCCCACGUCUUGCCCUGAUGUGUCCAACUGUACGGGGAUCCUAAGGAAAACGGGUUGCUGUUACUCCUGUGAAAGAGAGGACUCAAGUACCUGUCAAGUGCACGUAAACCCAACCGUCUUGAGGCACGAGGGCUGUGAGACAGAGGUCAACAUCACCUUCUGCGAGGGUUCCUGCUCUGGAAAGUCCAAGUACUCCGUGGAGGCCCGGGCCAUAGAGCAUCAGUGCAGCUGCUGUCAGGAGACCAAGGUCCAUGAUGUAGCUGUGACAUUACAGUGUCCCAAUGGUACAGUCAUCCAGCACACCUAUACCCACAUCGACGAGUGCAAAUGUGCCCCGGCCUGCAGCUCCCUGCCUAUGACUUCCAUGACUAUUUCCUAGAGCCUCUUGCUGGAAGGCAAUUGCAUCCCCAACCCCUUAUGUCCCUCCACCUGGAGCAGAAUCUGCACAACUGACCAUGAAAACCUUAGGCAGGUAUGCUCCAUGAGGCCCACAAGAACCCUCUGUGGCUCUCACUGCCUCUGCUCCCCCCCUCUGCCUGCCACUUGGUGAGACCAGCAUCCAAGACGGGGACAGGGCAAUUAAGAUCCACCUGAGGAGGGUGCCAGGCGAGGGUUUGGUCCUGAGGAGCCUGUUGGCUCCUUUGGCCUCAUCCUCCGUGAGAGCCUGUGGCUGUAGGGCUCCCCACAGCAAGCCUGUGCGCCCUCUGUCACAAAAAGCGAGCUCUGUGUCAGUCACCUCAUGUUCACAUGGGCAGAUGGAACUGUCCACGCAAGACCAGCUACCAGGGAGCUGUAUCAGACAAGGUGGCUGCCUGCUGGAGGGGGUCUGGGAUCUGAGGUGGAAGAGGGGUCUGUGCUCACUCAUCCCUAAGCGGCAAUAAACCCUGGCACCGUG